AUGGCUUCCAAGGCGGCAAGGAAGGCAAUCUACCUCCAGAAGCUACACACCCACCUCAAAGACAAUAACAAACAUCUCGUCAUCGUGAGUGCCGACAAUCUUUGUGUGAACCAACUUCAGGCCAUAAGGCAAGGACUGCGACCCCACUCAUCUGUCGUCAUGGGUAAGAAUUCUUUCAUGAGACGCUCACUCGAGAUCCAUGCCCCAUCUGCCGGAAAGCCUGCUUUUGUUGGCGCAAUUCCUCAUAUUAACGGCAAAGUUGGGUUGGUCUUGACUGCUUGUGAUCCAGAGGAAGUGAGUGAAACGGUUGCGGGAUAUAAAUUGCAGCCGCUGGUGUGUUCGUCAAUGGAUAUUGGGAUGUGUUCUCUGUGGCAGUGGUUGCUGGGUUUUCAUAUGAAUUUGCUCAUUAAGCAAAUGGUGUAUUAG